AUGGCGACGAGCCAUCGAAGCCCACCCAGCACGAACGCGGCGCCUCAGAUAGAGUCGACAUUCACACAGUCCUUCACACCAGCUGCCCACGAGAUCUACAUCCCCUUGGAUGACCCAACAUACUCCGACCGUUCACCAUCCACUUGUGCAGGCUGCAGCAAGUCUCGAGACCAGGGCGACAAGCUCCUUCUGAACAAGGAGUGCCAAAAGACGCACUGGAAGCAACACAAGCCAGCUUGCGACGCCGUCCAUAAGCAGACUGCUCCAGGUGCCCCUCCCAACCUCGUAGCUUUGCGUAAGCUAGCCAUAGUCGACUUCAACCUCCGCACCACGACGCACAUCACGACCUGCCAAGGUGUUCUGCUGAAACCUUGGGUCGCAACCCAGAAUCCCGCAGUGCUCGAAAACAUCCACUGCGCCUACGCCGCGGUGGAGGUGGUACCGAAAGCAUGUUACGAGCUCGAUCACUCCAACGUCUGGAACGUGGGUCUCGCACAAGCGGUGGGCUUCCCAUUGCUCAUGAUGCGCGUGCGAGAGAAGAUUGUAGAGCUUGACAAGCAUCUGCCUGACCAAUACCGUGAAGGACGAAAGCUCCAGCGCAGCAUCGGUGGGCUCGUCAAGGAAAACGAUCACAUCACAAACAUCCUUGCUGCAUUCCUGUCUAUGGACAUCAACCCCGGCUCUGCCACCUUCGGCGAGAUUCCAACACCAUACCCGAAAGGUGACUCCGGACUGUUCUACAAAGUCGUCCCGCUAAACCUGCGCGCUAGCGCCAAGGGCCCUCCUCUUAGCCCAGACCAAUCGAUGGAGAAACACAUCUGGUUCAACUCGCCAAAAUUCUUCGUCAAGACGCUCAACAUCAACAAAGCGCGGGGCCUGAGCGGCGAGGAUCCCUUCAUGGCUCGACUCACUAAUUUGCAGUGCCCCGUCGAUCUCGAGUCGCUUGGCUUUGAUGCCGAGAAGUGUGUCCACGUGCCGCCGACGAUCAAGUGGCGUGAGGCGCUUGCAGAGGACUUGGUGGAGCGCCUGCCGUUUCUGUGGGACGAGAUGCUUUACAUGCCGGACAAGAGGAUUUUCAAGCAGUAUCAUCAGUAG